GACGGGGCGCGAGUGCGAGCGGGUCGCGGAGAGGCGACCGCUAUAAGUAUCAUCAGGCCCCUUGCCCCCGCGCACGCGCACGCGCACGGGCAACCCCCCCUGUUGUUUUCUCUCAAGCCCUACGAAGCGGAGGCGGAGCCCCUCGGCGCGAUCGAGUCGACGCCGCGCGCCGUCCCCGCAUUGCCCCAGGGAAAGAUUGUGCCCCCCACGGCCCCGUGAUCUUACGAAAGAUUGAAACUUUAUUAGGGAUUGUGAGUUGUUGUUGAAGAGAUGGCGAGCUACGACGACGGAACCAAUCUCGUGGACGAUGAAUACGAUGACCUGGAUGAUUUCAUCGUCGAUAACGACGACGACGUGGUGUUAGGUGAGGAGCAGCAAGAUGAAUUUGAGGAGGAGGAAGAAGAACAAGAGGAAGAGGAAGAGGAAGAAGAGCCUCCGGUCGGGCAAGUGGAGAUCCUUACCCUCAGGGAGCAAUUGAAGGCGGACAUCAGGAGAAAAAAUCAGGCACAACAGGGCGCCACCGCCGGCAGGGCUAGCUGCUCGUCGUCGGUGCAGCCUCUGGCCAAGGAUAGAUUUGGUAGCUUCUUUGGGCCAUCCAGACCUUCACUUGCUCGCAGAGUCAUCGAGGAAGGCUGUUCAUCAAUAAUCAAAGAAAAACAGAACGUACCAUCCAACAAAAGCAGUGUUUCUUCUGCUUCAAAAAAACAACCAAUCCCAAGCGGGCAGCAGCAGAAACCGAAGUUUGUUAAAGAGGAGAAAAGAAAGGUCGAUGCACUCCGUCAGAAUCGGGAUUAUUCAUGUCUGUUCUCGGAUGAUGCUGAUACUCCACAGGCUACAAAGGAACAACCUGACAACAUGCCUGUUUUGCCUAUGAAAUAUGAUGUUGGAGACAUUGCAUCAACCAGCAAACUUAUAAGUCAGACCGACAAAGUAUCAAAAGACAGCGGAUUGAAGGGACCUUCCAUUCAGAGUCGUGUAGGAUUAGUCGGAAAGGAGCCUCAUCCAAAUACGAAGAGGACGAUCGCUUCUUCUGCCAAAAAUGGAUCCAGCCUGCCUGCCAUGAAGAAAAUUCAGAGGGUACAGCCAUCCUCAAAUGGCCAGAAGAUGCAGCAAACACUGCAGAGCAAGAGGCCUCAGGCAAUGUUGUCACAAAGCCACGGGCAGCAGUCUCUGCAAUCUCGGAAGCCUAAACCAUCUCUCAAUGGCCAGAAUUUCAGGCAAAAGGUGUCAGCCCCAUUAGCACAAAAACAUUUGGCUCCUUCCUCAAGACCUAAGCCAUCAAGUGCAGUUCACAACGAUCACGGAAAGGGAAAGACAAGGCGUUUAGUCAAAAGGAAAUCUAAGGAGGAUGGAUGUGAUGAAGAGGAAGUUGACUAUAAAUCAAUCAUCAGAGGAAUGUUCAACUACAAUCCUGCAAAAUUCGUUGGUAGAGAUGAAGAUGACAGAGACAUGGAAGCCAAUUAUGCCAGCAUACAAAUGGAAGAGAGAAGAAGUGCAAGACUUGCAAGACAAGAGGACGACGAGGAGCUCCGCCGGAUCAUGGACGAAGAGAGGCGUGAGAAGCAGGAGAGGAAGAGGAAAAAGCUAGCGCAAAAGGCAGUAGUAGAUGCCAGCCAGGACUGAACUCUUUGCCAAGCCAGUAGUGUAGUAGUUCGUUAGCAAUUCAGUUAUGGACAAGAUUAGAUUUAUCUCGUUAGUGCUGAUUAGUUGUGGUGAUGCUCCUAGUUUAUUAGCCAUCUCGCUGGUGGCCACUUGAACAGAUCAAAACAAUAGCUUUUGUAGGUCAAUUUGCAAAUAACACAACGUUAUUUGCAUAUCUCAUGGGACGAUGAAAAAUUAUCAGCGUCACCUUUAUGGGUACGGGGUACCAUUGCCACUACUA